GCCACUUCCUCAAAAAGACAUAACACGCUCCUCGCAAACACCUCCGACUGCACGACGCAGGUAAACACACUCGCACACGGCUGUACGUCUGUGUCCGUCCGUGCUCUCCUGUCAUCAGGAUGGAGGCGUUCAGCUCAAAGGACAUGGCCAUGAAGGCCCAGAAGAAGAUCCUCAGUCACAUGGCCAGUAAGUCAGUGGCUCAUAUGUUCAUCGAUGACAACAGCAGCGAGGUUCUGGACGAGCUGUACCGCGUCUCCAAGGAGCACACGGGGAACCGCAACGAGGCCCAGAAGGUGGUGAAGAACAUGAUCAAGAUCGCCGUGAAGGUGGGGGUUCUGUUCAGACACGAAAAGUUCAGCGCAGACGAGCUGAGUGUGGCGCAGGACUUCAGGAAAAAACUCCACCAAGGAGCCAUGACGGCCAUCAGCUUCCAGGAGGUGGAGUUCACCUUUGAUAAGAGCGUGAUGAUGGAGCUGCUGGCCGAGUGUCGAGACUUACUGCUGAAGCUGGUGGAGAAGCACCUGACGCCCAAGUCUCUGGACCGCAUCAGACACGUGUUCAACCAUUACUCGGACCCGGAGCUGCUCACGCACCUGUACGACCCGCAGGGCACGCUGUGGCCCAAGCUCGGCAAGAUCUGCAGCGGCCUGAACCGCAUGAUCGAGGAGGGCAAGCUCUGAACACAGAGCUGGACUGAAAGACUGGACUUCAGAGCUUCUGGACCUGUGCUGCUCACAGAGACACUGAGCUCAGGGAAGCAGAGAGGCACUCGGGUCUGAACGCAUCUCUCAUGUCUGAUCGGGAGAGUCUCACUAAACACGUGCAGCUCAUACUUCCAUGAGACAGUCCACCCAAAAAAAAAAAAAAUCAGCAUUCUGUCAUUGUUUACUGACCUCAUGUCAUUGAACGACAACGUUCUCAGAAGGUUCUCUCAAAAUUAUGAACUAACAUUCUUCCCGUGACGUUAACGGAACAUUCACUCAAAGUUAUGGCGUGACAUACAAAACAUUUAGUUGGCAAAACGUUAAUAUUUUUAUUAGCUGGGAACUCGAGGAAGUAAAUGGGGUCCAAUAAAAUACAUUUAGUGUUCCAGUCAGUUUUGGAACAAAUAAAUGGUGACAGAAUGAUCAUUUU